ACUUUUUUUUUGUUUAAAUUAUGCGAGCGUGAUUUUACAAUUUCAUACGAUUUUCUAGGAAUUUCUUCUUGCUAUAGACGUUACAUCGAGUGGCACUCCCGAGGAGAAGCUCAAAUGGGCUUUCCGCAUGUACGACGUAGACGGUAAUGGCGUAAUUGACAUACAAGAAAUGACGAAAAUUGUUCAGGCCAUAUACGAUAUGCUCGGCGCGUGUUCAUCGAAUCGACCAGCCGAUUCCGCUGAGGAACGUGCAAAAAAUAUUUUCGCAAAAAUGGACGAAAACAAUGAUGGUCAAUUAACCCAAGAUGAAUUUUUAAAAGGGUGCCUGCAAGAUGAGGAACUUUCAAAAAUGUUGGCCCCAUAAACACCACAACCAAAUAAAAAGAAAACAUAAAAACCAACAACCACCCCCUCACAAAAUAAAAUUUAAAAAAAAACCAAAGAAACAACCACAAGAAAUUUUGAAAGAAAACAAAAUAAAAAUAAGCAAAUGACCCAUUGUGGUUUAUGUAAUUUAUUGAAUCAUUUAUAUCAUAAAAUUUAUAAAUUUACAUUUCCUAAAAUGAAUACUAAGGCAUCUACUAAAAUUUAA